UUUACUGUAUAAAAAGAAGGGUACAUAUCCUUGAAAUUAAAUGAUUCUACGCCCACCAACCUUAGUCUAUUCAUAAUACACUAGCUAGAUCUGCAUUUCAUUUCACACCUUACAGCCAUGGAAGCUCUCCUCUCCCAAUUUACCUUUCUCUCAGAUCAAGCCUUGCAGGACAAGAACUUUGAUCCCUCAACGAUAGAGGAUCUAAUGAAGCUUUUUGAGAUAGAAGCUUACAAGUCAUGGGCAGCAAUGGAACUUGAGCAAGAAAAUGAAGUGAAAGAAGCACAAGUAGCUAUGCGAGAUGCUGAGAACUAUCUUGAUUCUGUGAUGGAAGAAGCUAUGGAUGAAUUUCGUCAAUUCGAAGAGGAAAUGGAAAGGAUGGCAAAGGAAGAACUUGAAAGCUUAGAAAAGAGUGCUGAGACUGAAAGAAAGAUGGGAAAAUUAAUGGAAAAAGCUGCAACUAUUGCUUCUAAGAGGUAUAUUGAAGCUGCCCUUAAUUCUGCUACUGCUUCCAUGAAAUCUGCUUGGAAGGGACUUUCCUCUAACAAGGUUCAUCCUUCUUGAGAGAUCCAUAAUUUUAUUUUAUUUUUUUUUUAAUUUUCCUUUUUAAUUUCUUUCCCUAAUCAUGAAAGAGCCUCUAGAGUCUAGAGCGUUCUUUUUCAUUGUAAUAGUUGUUCUUUAUUUGAGUUUCUUGUUAAAGUAA